UGACACUCAGUUCAAUUGGCUUGUUUACUGUUUUGCUUAUCACCAAGCCUCAAUGGAGAGCAUGCUUGGUGCUGCGGAUCAGGCAUAUCGGGUCUACCUUGCUCGACGGAGUAGUACCAAUCAACGAAUCUUGGACGCUGGAAUUUCAGCCACUGAUAAUAUCGAACAGGUCCUAGCUGAAAAGGAGCACAAGCAAAAGCAGCUGGCAGCGGCGAUUUCCAUUGAGGACGAUUUUCAGAAAAAAGCGUUUGCUGAACUUCAGUCCAGAUGUGAUUCUCAAGCACAACAGUUGCAUCAAGACAUCGGGCUUGUUGAAGAAGAGUUGUUGCGCUUAACCAAAGUUGAAUUGGAACGCAAGUCAAGAAGUGCCGAAUUGAAUCUGCAGUGUUUGGCGGAACGUCGAUCAGAUCUGGUUCAGUUGUUGGCUCGACUAAGUUUAGAGCAAAGCAGACGACAGCAAGAACUGCGAGAUCGUUUGG